AUGAGUUCAAAAGGGACAGCAUUGAAAUGGUCACAAAGGGUAGCAUCAUCACUUGGUGAAUGUUCAUUAGAGAUGUCAGCAUAUGGUUCAUGUGUUGUAGCAAACCUAGAUAAUAUUGAAAAAAAUGUUUGUAAAGUCGAAUUUGAUAAAUUUAAAGCAUGCAUAUCAAAGAGCAUCACCCAUAAAGGAAAGAAAUAA